UCGCCACCCGUUGCCGCGCGGCAGAACUGGGUUGCGCGUGGUGACGCGGAGAGACGCGGCGGUGUACGGUGCGGGGGGGAGCGCGGCGGCGGACGCGGCGGUGUACGGUGCGGGGUUGGCGGCGUGGGUACGCGUGGCGAGCGCGGCGGAGCAGGAGGCGAUGUGCGCGCUGGCGGGGCGGGAGGACGUUGUGGUCAUGGACGCCGCGGACUGGAAG